AGCUUUUGUUCUCUUCUCGUCACCGUCGAGCGAUAGGGUUCUUGGAAGCUGCAUAGACCUUAAGGCUGAGCGUAAAUUGCACCUUGUUCUCGACCUUUACUACGUCCGACCAUGAGUACCACUAGCAAGGUCGUCUUCGUCGGCAAUGUGCCCUACAACAUGAGCGAGGAUGAGCUCAUCGACGUAUUCAAGAACGUCGGCGAAGUCGCCGGGUUCAGGUUAGUGUUCGACCGUGAAACCGGCAAGCCGAGAGGAUACGGCUUCUGCGAGUUUACCGACCACGACACGGCCCUCUCGGCCGUACGAAACCUCAAUAACAUCGAAGUCAAGGGCAGAAAUCUGCGCAUAGAUCUCGCCGACUCCGAUCCCCAGCUCGAGGGGAAGACCACCGUACGCGGCGAGCUCAUCGACGGACCGGAGCGUCCGCGCGGGCCUCCGGAUCCGAACGCCUUCCUCAAGACCCUUCCCCCUGGUGUUCCCGUGCCCCCGGGCUCAACAUGUCUCGAUACAAUCAGCCAUAUUCUGGCGUCUAUCCCUCCCGGCCAAUUGAUGGAAAUCCUUGCACAGAUGAAGUCCUUCGUCCUAAAUAACACAGACGGCGCGCGAGCCCUCCUAACAGCACACCCCCAGCUCGCCUACGCCCUCUUCCAGGCGCUCCUGCUCAACAACAUCGUCGACCCCGUCGUCUUGCAACGCAUGCUCGCUGCUACCUCGAAAAGCCCGCUCAAUGCCCCGGCUCCACCACCGAUACCAGCGUAUGGUGCACCCACGACGAUGGGAUUCGGGCCCGGUAUAGGCCAGGGAAUGGCUCGGCCCGUCCCGACGCCCCCGCCAGGCAAUAUGUAUGGACGACCACCACCACCGGCAGCUCCGGGAUAUCCACCUGCGUCUGGUUUCUACCCGCCGCCCCCUCAGCAGGCUCCGCCACCCGUCACUGGGGCACAAGACAUCAACGAGACGCAGAAGGCGAUGCUCAUGCAAGUUCUCACCUUGUCUCAACAGCAGAUCGAUGCCAUGCCGGAAGCUGAACGAGGUGUCAUUCAGCAAUUGCGGAGUCAAUUCAUGGGAACGUUAGGUGUAUCCUAGUUCAUCGAAGCUUACCUCGCUCUUUUCGCGUUGGUCACUUGCUUGUAAUGAGACGGGGCUCUGCCAACGCAAUCGUUGAGGCAUGGCCCCCCUGCACCUAGUCCAAGCCCAACGAACCGACCACCGCAGCGACUCUGGGUCAUCACGAACAAUCAAUAGAACUUGUUGAAAGCCCAUCAAGAUACUAUCACAGCAUUGGCCUGCAUUGACUCUCCCUUCCGCGGCGGUGUAGUCAGCGGUGACCGCUUCGCCGUUCGGCACGCUGAAAGUAUGGAGGGUCGACGCCGGAAUCAGCGAUGCGUAGUAUCUUUUUUCCUUGCUCUACUACAUUUCUUCUUCAGGACCAUGCUCGC